AUGGGAAACACACACGCAAUAUUAUCUGAAAAAGACCAAAAGGAUUUAUUGCAAGCUGCUCGUUUUAGUGAAAUGGAUAUUAAAAAAAUGUAUAAAAGAUUUGUUGAACUUGAUACAAAUAAAAACGGACAACUAGAUCCAAAUGAAUUAUUUGAUGUUCCUGAAAUAAGCGAUAAUCCACUAGUAAAAAGAGUUAUAUCAAUAUUUGAUUCAAAUUCAGAUGGAAAAGUAUCAUUUGUUGAAUUUUUAGUUGGAAUAACAAAAUUAAUGUCAAACACAGACGAUUUUCAGAAAAAAAAAUUCGCCUUUGAUAUCUAUGACAUAAACAAAGAUGGAAUGAUUUCUAAUGGUGAAUUAUUUACCGUUAUGAAAAUGAUGGUUGGGAAUAAUUUAAAUGAUGUACAGUUGCAGCAGCUAGUUGAUAGAACAAUUAUACAAGCAGAUAAAGACGGGGAUGGGAUGAUUUCCUUUGAAGAAUUUAAAGAUAUGAUAUCACACAUUGAUGUUGGGAAUAAACUCAAGUUAGAUUUAUAA